AUGAGUUUCGAUAUAUAUGCUUUAUCUGUCAUUUAUUUUAGGGAUCAGCACUCUCCAAUACCACAGCAAGUCCUAAAUGAUAUCAUGAAAAUGAUUGCAAGACGGUUCCAUGGUCUAUCCGUUGAUGUUUUGAAGCCACCUUUAAAACUGGGUGGUUUUGGUCUCAUUGAUCUUGAACAACAAUUACUUGGUUAUAGGGCAAAAAAGGUUUACAACAUAAUUUGUGUUUCACAUUACUGUGCAUACAUUUCUUUCAGAGACAAGCUUCAGCAUUUGGCCAUCAUCAUCACCAACAUUUUCCAUCUCCAUCCAUCUCAACGUAUUGUUCACGUCCCCAUUGGUAACUAUGGACAUUCAGCUAGAGAUCCUGAUGGAAAUUUGGUAGCAACUGAAGAAUCAUCUUAUGACAACUGUGACAACUUACUGGCUCAAGAUCAUGGUUCUGACGGUACAAAAGCUUCCAACGACAUUCAUCUUCAAGUUUUAGAUAUCAAGGAAGAAAAAUUAACUGUUGACUCUUUCAAACACUUUCACAAAAAGUUCUAUGAAGAGAAGGGAAACGCUCGAACCACUACAGUUUUCUCCACGCCAUCUUCAAACCAUCAAUUAUUACAAACCAAAGUGUUAUCAACUUUCAAAUGGGAAACUUUUUGGCUACAAUUGUACAAGCACCAAACUCAACGUCCAGGCUAUUUAGAAGCAUUACAGAGAUUUAAUCUAGGUCAUUACAAGUACAAGUUUCCAAUUUCACCUCAUCAUCAACAAUUUCCGGACAAACCAUAG